AAAACCCAUUCGCAUCCGCUCAUUUCUCUUCUCUGUCUCCUUGUACGCGGCGGCUACGUUGUGGAUCUCUCUCUCUCUCUCUCCCCCGGGGAAAUUCUUCAGAUUAGGCGUUCUUCUGCAGAUCAAGGUGGUUCGAAGAUGAAUCAUUGCAACCUUCAGCAGAACGCCUUCGUUUCCCGCGACGAAAUGAGAGGGUUUGUUCCGAUCUGCGAUCCGAAGGACCUCGUCGUCUGCCCUAAGCCCCGACGUGUCGGUAUCCUCGCCAACAACGGCAUGCGGCCUCUUAGAUUACACGUGAGUCAAGCCGCUGAGGUGUGUGAUUCUAAAGCAGGGGCAGAGCUUUUGGACAUAAUCCUCAGAAAGGAGGAUUAUGGAACAGGGCAAUCGGUGUUGUCUGUAGGGUCAUCGCCCCCAUUUUUUUGCGGGUCGCCUCCAAGCCGGGCAGUGAAUCCACAAGUGCAAGAUGCUCGUUUUGGAGAUGAGAAACUGGACCCGAUCUCGCCCUCGCCCUUGUCGUCCGGUUUCCCGUCUCCAACAUCGGCAGCAUCUCGUGGCAAGGGAGGUUACGUUAGAAUGAAGUUUGGGCUGAAACCAGCCGCAGUUAGAGUAGAAGGAUUCGAUUGCCUGAACAGGGACCGCCAGAACUCGAGCAUCCCUGCCAUGGCUUAGAACAGAAUUCAAAGUGUACAUAAACCCGGUAUUCAAAAGACAUCACCAUCAUCAUCGUCAUCAUCAUUAUCCUAACGAAGGAGGAGAACCAUUUUUUGAGCAAAAUUUUUUUUUUGUUUUCCCUGGGAAAGGGAGGAGGAGAUGGAGAAGAAGAUCAGUUUCCACCACAGCCGCCAUUAUCACAGUUUGUAACUAUGAGGUUAGUGUGUGUGUGUGUAUAUACAAGUAGUAGUAGAGUUAAGAAAUUUAUGUUUUGAUUCUCUCCUUCUAAUCUAUGAAGCCAAUGUGUAAUGUGAGUGUUUUGUCUGUUUCCUUUUCUCUGGGAAUCACCAGUGAAGAAAUAAGAAAGUGUGGUUUCUAUGUCACUGUUGUAUAGAUUCUUCUUGGUGAUUUUCUUUGUAAAUGUUAUGUAAUUCUGUGUUUUAUAUGUAUGUAUAUAUAUAUAUUGUUCUUGAGAA